AACAAUUCUCUGCAUGAUCGCACGACAACAUGCCGCGUGAAAUCAUCACGCUCCAAGCCGGCCAGUGCGGCAACAGCGUCGGCUCCCAAUUCUGGCAACAGCUCUGCCUUGAACACGGCAUCAACCAAGACGGGAAUCUCGAAGACUUUGCGACCUCCGGCGGCGACCGCAAAGAUGUCUUCUUCUACCAAUCCGACGACACACGAUACAUCCCCCGUGCGAUCCUCCUCGACCUCGAACCGCGUGUGAUCAAUGGCAUUCAGACUGGGCCGUAUAAGAAUAUCUACAAUCCGGAGAACUUUUAUGUGCAUAAAGAGGGAGCGGGCGCGGGAAACAAUUGGGCGGCUGGGUUCGAUAUGGGAGCGACGGUGCAGGAUGAGUUGAUGGAUAUGAUUGAUCGGGAGGCGGAUGGGAGUGAUAGUUUGGAGGGAUUCAUGCUGCUGCAUUCGAUUGCUGGUGGUACAGGAUCUGGACUUGGAUCUUUCCUGCUCGAACGACUGAACGACCGCUUCCCGAAGAAGAUUAUUCAGACGUACUCUGUCUUCCCGGAUACGCAAGGUCAAGGCUCGGGAGACGUCGUGGUGCAGCCAUACAACUCCCUCCUCGCCUUGCGACGACUUACACAAAAUGCCGAUGCUGUUGUAGUCCUCGACAACGGCGCUCUCUCCCGAAUCGCAGCAGACACCCUCCACGUUCAGAAACCUUCCCUCCAACAAACAAACCAGCUCGUCGCUACGGUCAUGUCCGCUGCGACCACAACACUGAGAUACCCGGGCUACAUGCACAACGAUCUGGUAGGAAUUAUGGCCAGCUUGAUUCCCACCCCGCGAUGUCAUUUCCUCCAGACUAGCUACACUCCUUUCACAGGCGACAAUGUUGAAGCCGCGAAGACUGUGCGAAAAACCACCGUCUUGGACGUUAUGCGUCGACUGCUGCAACCGAAGAAUCAAAUGGUCUCGACGAAGCCCAGCAAGUCGAGUUGCUACAUCUCCAUCCUUAAUAUCAUCAUGGGGGAAGCCGAUCCCACCGACGUCCACAAAUCCCUCCUCCGCAUCCGCGAACGCUCCCUCGCCUCCUUCAUCCCCUGGGGCCCCGCCUCAAUCCAAGUCGCCCUCUCCCGCACAUCUCCCUACCUCUCCCCACCCUACACCUCGACCCCACCCCCUCGAGUAUCCGGCCUCAUGCUCGCCAACCACACCGGCAUCGCGACCCUCUUCAAGCGCAUCGUUUGGCAGUACGACCGCAUGCGCAACCGCAACGCGUAUCUCGAACAGUAUAAGCGCUACGACUCGUUUCGAGAUGGUUUCGGGGAGUUUGACGAGAGCAAGGAGGUGGUGAUGGAUUUGGUUGGGGAGUAUGAGGCGGCGGAGAAGGCGGAUUAUUUGAGUGGGGAGCAGGAGGAGGGGGAGGGGAAGGAGGAUGGACGGACGGAUGGUGGGGCGACGGGGAGGUGA